AUGAGCUCACUAAGCCUACAGCCAACGCUAUAUCUCUUGCUAUGGCUCUUAGCUCAGGGUGGGGUAUCUGGUCAGCACACUAAGAAUGAAGUAGUACGAUCGGCGGGCGUUGGAAAGAGAGCUUCAGUACAAUUAUCGCUGCUUAGCGAAAUGAGGUACAAAGCACCUUUCCGCUCUUUGCUUUGCGUAUGCUGGUUCGAAAUCCACUUCUUUCGGAUCUCGAGUACAAGCCAAGGAGAAAGACUGCCAUCUCAGGCAUACCAUCGACAGAGUAAGGAAAGGACAGGCAGAAAGCGCGCUAAUCAAAUCCUAUCCCUUCUUAGUCCCAGCUAA